UUCUUUUUCUUGUGGUUAGAACGGGCUCGUUCAAUGCACAAUGCCACGGCGGCUCUAGAAUCUUUACGACCAAGUGCUGACGUCCGCACACAGUCGAGUCAUCUAUCAAGAAAGCACUACGCAGUAGCGAUCGGGGUAGAAACAGGUACAGCCGUGAUUACGUUAGAGCCACGGUAUAUCAGCAGGGACAGUUGUCAUUUUUUGCGUCGCUCAAGUAAGAACGUUCAGUGCCUACGUGUUCGUCGCUUUUUUUUUUUUUUUGGUUGUCUCGUCAAGUGAAGCCGUUGCGGGUGCCACAGUGAACACAACUUAGAAAUGUUCCGAUAUCCUCAUAAGUACAGGGACAAGCGUCCGGAGGCAGGAGGGUCGUCCUACGACAAGUACGCGCUGGAGCAGGAAGUGAAAGAGACCGGCGUCCCGAACGCCCGCAUGAUCAUCCGGGAAGGCACGGCCCCGCUGGUGAUUAGCUCGGUAGAUCCGGCGGUGUCGCUAAGUGACGUCAGCAGCAAGUACAUCGGCCACUCACUCCAGGAGAUCGCCGGCGAACCGCUGUGCAACGCAUUCUUCUCCAACCGCGGCUCCAUCACCGCCUACGUGAAGACCACGAGAGCCUUCAGACGCCUGAGAGCCGUCACCUCCCUCUCGGGUGUCCCUGUCAGGGCUGAAUUUCCACGCUGGUUCCACAAGAACGCCGGUAAGCUGAAGAACGUGCCGGCACGGUUCACCGAGAAGAACCUCCUGGACCGCCUCUCAGAGGUGGGGGUGAUUAACGUACGCCGCCAGAUCACCCACACUAUACUUCCGGACGGCACUGUGGACGCCAAGCCAACGGAGCAUGUCGUGGUGCACUUCGGUCCGGACCGACUGAUGCCUGCCCAGGUCAAGCUGGGAUUCACGCUGUACGAGGUGUACCCCUACGUGCCGCCGCCGGUGCAGUGCUCCAAGUGCCAGGAGAUGAACCACGUGGCCAAGUCGUGCCCCAACGAGACCCGCUGCAAGGUCUGCGCCGGGCCGCACGGGCACCGGCUCUGCACCGCGGGCAAGCGCAAUCGGCAGCCGCGAUGCGCGAACUGCGGCGGCGGCCACACGGCCUCCUACGCGCACUGCCCGACCAAGAUGCGUGAGGUGCAGCGGAUGUAUAAGGAGCGGUUCGACGAGCUGCGCAAGCAGCACGACAAGCUGCGCGAGCUCGACAAUCAGCGCGAGGUCGAGGAGAUGGAGAACAGCUCCCAGUACAGUCGAUACUUCGUCUUCGACUAAAAGCGCGUAAGACAAAAAACCGCUAAGUCAACAACAGCUGAAACCAAAGAAAGACAAGGUCUUCUUGGGCCGAUUAGUGUAUAAGGCAUUUUUUUUUUUUUUUUUGAAAGACUGCGCUACUUUCGAGAACGGCCCACAUGUUGAGUUGAAGCGUGAAUGCGAUGCGUGAUCGGACCAGCAUUUCUCGCUGAAUUAAGUACACACUUCCGGUUCCGGCUUGAGGCGGGAGUGCACCAAGGUGAAUUUUUCUUUCUUUCGGCCAUCUUGCGCUAAUUACGCAUUUUUACUGCUCCCUACUUGAAUCUUCUUCUUUUAUUCUUUCUGGAGUUUUACGUGCCAAAACCAGUUCUGAUUAUGAGGCCCACCGUAGUAGACGGCUCCGGA